AUGGCUACAGCUGCCUCGAGCCCCUACACCCUGCUCAGUUCCAGUCCCAUGAUCCACCCGGAGAGCCAGGCCAUGCAGCCUGCUAGCCCCUACAGAGGACAUCAGAAACUGCUCCAGAGUGACUACCUGCAAAGCGUCCAGAACGGGCACUCCCUCGGGCACCAGUGGGCAAGCAACCUGUCGGAGGGGAGCCCCUGGUCGGCCUCCAUGGAGCAACAGGACGUGAAACCGGGCCGAGAGGACCUCCAGCUCGGCAUCAUCCAUCACCGCUCUCCGCACGUAGCGCAUCACUCUCCUCAUCAAAACAACCAUGGCAACCACCCGGGAGCCUGGGGGACUCCGGUGUCCCACAACUCCUCGAUCACCAGCGGGCAGCAGAUCAACAUCUACUCCCAGACGGGCUUCACUGUCAACGGCAUGCUGGACCACGGGGGGCUCACACCUCCACCCAACCCGCAGGGCCAAGGCAUGCACCCGGGCCUCAGGGACACACUUAGCCCCGAGCACAGCGACCUCGGCGGACACCACUGCCACGACCACUCCGACGAGGAGACGCCGACUUCGGACGAGCUGGAGCACUUUGCCAAGCAGUUCAAACAGAGGAGAAUCAAACUGGGCUUUACGCAGGCGGACGUGGGUUUGGCUCUGGGCACGCUGUACGGUAACGUCUUUUCCCAAACUACUAUCUGCAGGUUCGAGGCUUUGCAGCUGAGCUUUAAAAACAUGUGCAAACUAAAGCCGCUGCUGAACAAGUGGCUGGAGGAGGCGGACUCGUCCACGGGCAGCUCCAGCAGUAUAGACAAGAUAGCAGCUCAGGGGAGAAAGAGGAAGAAGAGGACGUCCAUCGAAGUGAGCGUGAAGGGAGUUCUCGAGACGCACUUUCUCAAGUGUCCCAAGCCUUCCGCGCAGGAGAUCUCGUCGCUGGCGGACUCGCUUCAGCUGGAGAAGGAGGUGGUGCGCGUGUGGUUCUGCAACCGGAGGCAGAAGGAGAAGCGCAUGACGCCGCCCGGAGAGCAGCCGCCCCACGAGGGACCCUAUUCUCACAGCGGGAGCGCGGGAGACGCCUCCUCGUGCCAUGAUCUCUGA